UUUAGAGUUGGUGAGUAAAGACUUAAUUGCAUGAUUCUUGCCAUUAUUGAGAGCUGUGCAGCUAAGUCCUUUCAAACUGCUGUGAACAUAUCGGGGGCAAGCAUCAUGACUGGGCUGAAUUAAAUCUCUGCGUCAGUCCAAGUCUUUAGCAGCGCUUUGCAUUGCUAAAUGUUACCACAAUUGAUUUGUUUUUAGUUAUUUAGUUGAUGCCGGUUAUUGGAAUAUUCUUGUCUCAGUUUAAGAUGGGGCAAUAGAAAAAAAAAUCAUGAUAGAAAUCUCUUCCUUGUUUUGAAGACGAAAUUUCAUUCAAUUGCAUUGGCAGUGCUGUAGACUGAAGCAAAUAUGGUCUAAAGCAGGGGUGGCCAACCCAUGGCACGUGUGCCACAAGUGGCUAGGGCAGCUUGUGUGUAUGACAGGACAGGGAACAGAAAGAAGAGCAACAGGUCAGGCUGGCAGUACAGGGCAGGGAGCAAAAGGCAGCGCAGCAUAUUGAGCAGGGAGCAAAAAGCAGAACAGCACACAGGGCACGGGAAAGGAUUUGAGUGGCACUCCAGGUGGGUUAAGGGCUUAGUUUGUGGCGCACCUGCCAGAAAAGGUUGCUGCCCCCGCCCCCACGGGUAUAAAGUAAUACACUGCCAUUUGAAAAUCCCCUUUUUAAAAAGAACUCCACCAAUCUAUGUGUAGUUUCAAAUCACUGUAAAUCUGUAGGUAGGUACGUAUUACAAUUGUCUGUUUUUCUUUUUAGGGCUCAUGUAAUCAAAGAAGUUUCUUUGUUGUGUGUAUCUUUUCAGAACACAACAGGAAUUCAAAAUGAAUCAGAACACAACUGAAUCUUCAGGAGCAGUUGAGACCUUGGCUGAUGUACCUGAACAUGUGCUUAAAGGGCUUCCUGAGGAAGUGAGGCUUUUCCCAUCUGCUGUUGACAAGACACGGCUUGGUGUUUGGGCAACAAAGUCAAUUUUGAAAGGCAAAAAGUUUGGACCAUUUCUUGGUGAUAAGAAGAAAAGAUCCCAAGUUAAAAGCAAUGUGUACAUGUGGGAGGUGUAUUACCCAAACCUGGGAUGGAUGUGUGUUGAUGCCACCGAUCCAAAGAAAGGGAACUGGUUGCGGUAUGUGAACUGGGCUCGUUCUGGAAAAGAGCAAAAUCUGUUCCCAUUGGAGAUCAACAGGACCAUUUACUACAAAACAUUAAAGCCCAUCGAGCCGGGCCAGGAGCUGCUCGUCUGGUACAAUGGGGAAGACAACGCCGAGAUCGCCGCCGCGCUAGAGGAGGAGCGAGCCCAGCACCGCAGCAAGAGGCACUCGCCCAAAGCCAAGAAGGGGAAGAAAAAAGCCCAGGAGGGUAAAAACAAAGGAAAGAAGGCAACAGAUACAAAGCAGAACAAGACUGAUUUAGAUUUUACUUCCAUAGAUAUGAAGGACUCUAAAGACGGCCAUAAAGAGGAAGAUGAAAAGCCUUCUGUUUCUGCUGUGCUUUCAUUGGAACAAACAGCUGUGAUUCAGGAGAUGGUAAAUCAAGAUGCACUUCCAAAACUGGUGAUCCCCAGUCUUACAAGAGAGCAACAAAUCAUGUCUGAAGAGAAAUCAGAAGCUAUUACAUCAGAUGAUUUGGAGGAAGAGGAGGAGGAAGAGGAGGACGACGAAGAUGAAGAGGAGAUGGAAGAUGCCGCUAUGUCCAUCGAAAGUGGUGGAAAAGAGUCUCUCCUGUGCGAAGAAAAGUUGGACUCUCCAGAAGAGCAAAGAAGUAUGUCAGAAGACUCUCCAGAAAGCUCUCCAAAAAAAACGCCUGUUGUGAAAAUUCCUAAAGUAAGAGGCGAAUCCAAUGGUGACCUCCAGGAAACCUUCAUGUUUCCCUGUCAGCAUUGCGAGAGGAAAUUUACAACAAAGCAAGGACUUGAACGUCACAUGCAUAUCCACAUAUCUACUGUCCAUCAUGCUUUCAAAUGCCGAUACUGUGGGAAAGCCUUUGGUACUCAGAUUAACCGGCGAAGGCAUGAGCGGCGUCAUGAGGCAGGGCCAAAAAGGAAACCAUUCUUAACAUUAGCUUCCUCGCAGCAGUCAGAGAAUAUUGCUGAUAACCAAAUACUUGUAGAUGAUGGUCUAAAAGAUGAACUAAAUGUUUCUAAUCUUGCACAAGACUCUGCAAUCUUGGAUCCUGAGAAGGUCUCCCAAGCAAUGUCAAAUUGUGCUUUUGUGGAAGAGAACAAGGAACCCAAAGAAUUGCAUCCUUGCAAAUAUUGUAAAAAGGUUUUUGGAACUCACACCAACAUGCGUAGGCACCAGCGUAGGGUUCAUGAACGUCAUCUUAUUCCCAAAGGUGUCAGGAGAAAAGGAUACUUUAUUGAAGAACCACAACUUCAAGCAGAGCAGGCCCAACCAGCCCAGAAUGUGUAUAUAGCAAAUACAGAGUUAGAAGAAGAAGGUGAAGCAGACGAUGUAUACAUUAUGGAUAUUUCCAGCAAUAUUUCUGAAAAUUUAAACUACUAUAUUGAUGGUAAAAUUCAGUCCAAUAGCAGCACUAGCAAUUGUGAUGUGAUUGAGAUGGAAUCCAACUCUGCACAGUUAUAUGGAUUAAAUUGUUUAAUUACUCCAGUCACAGUGGAAAUUUCUCAAAAUGUAAAGGUUACGCAGAUGCAUGUGAAUGAUCUUCCCAAGGAGUCCUCGAGCAGUGGAAGCAAUGAAUCAAAGAAGAGAAGAACAGCUAGUCCUCCUCUUAUACCAAAAAUAAAAACGGAAGUAGAUCCAGAACCUGUAACGCCAUCAGGUUCAUUAAAUCUUCCUCUUAGCAUUUCAACAGCUGAGAGUUUACCUUUUCACAAAGAAAAGAGUGUUUAUUUGUCAUCUAAAUUAAAACAACUGCUUCAGACACAGGAUGGUAAUAAGAUAACUCCAUCAACUGAAAUCCCUAAAUUAGGACCUGCUGCAUCUUCACCCAUUUUGCCUCCAGUUUCUAGUAGGUUUAAGAGAAGAACCAGCUCUCCUCCUAGUUCUCCGCAGCACAGUCCAGCCCUUCGGGACUUUGGCAAACUGGGUGAUGGGAAAACUGUGUGGAAGGAUACAGUUCUAGGUUCAAAGAUGCCAAAGUUAGAAAGCCACAGCAACUCGCCUGCAUGGAGCUUGACUGGAAGGGAGGAAAAGGAAACCAUGAGCCCUCUUUGCUUUGAAGACUAUAAAAUAUCUAAGGAAUGGGCAGGCCCUCCUACCUUUGGUAAUGUGUGCAACCAGCAGCCAUUAGAUUUGUCCAGUGGUGUAAAGCAAAGGUCUGAUGUCAAAAGUAAGAACCAGGUUCCUUGGGAAUCUGUAUUAGAUUUAAGUGUGCAUAAGAAACCUUGCAGUGACACCGAAGUUAGAGACUAUAAAGAAAAUAAUCUGGUGCAGCCAGCAUGUAGUAGUAUUAAGAAGAAACCGACCACGUGCAUGUUAGAAAAAGUUCUACUGAAUGAAUAUAACGGGAUGGAUGCAGCUGCGGAAAGCACGCAAGAUUUGAAUAGGACCCUCAGUCCAUGUAAAUCGACAGAACUACAACCAGAGCCCGACACUGAGCUUAGUCUGUCUGCACCUUCUGUUGAGGCUCAUUCACUUAGUUCCUGUACUUCACCUUUGCCUCAGAUGUCUUCUGCAUCAUCCUCAUGCCAGCUGCCCCCUCUCCUAACUCCAACAAAUCCUCCUUCCCCACCACCUUGUCCCCCUGUUUUAACAGUUGCUACAUCACCCCCUCCACUCCUUCCCACUGUUCCUUUACCCCUUUCAGAUGCCUCUGCCAGUGUCACUCACACUCCUUGCCCAUCACCACUUUCAAAUGCUACAACACCGUCCCCACUUCCAGUCCUUUCACCCACAGUAUCCCCCUCUCCAUCCCCUGCACCUUCUGUUGAACCUCUCACUUCUGCUGUUUCACCUGGUCCUCCGACACUGUCCUCCUCCUCUCCCUCCUCGUCCUCUUCUUCCUCGUCUUCCUCUUCUUCCUCCUCCUCCUCGUCGUCCUCCUCGUCCUCCUCAUCUUCUUCCUCUUCCUCGUCUUCCUCCUCUUCCUCUUCGCACUCCUCCUCCUCGUCAUCACCUUCCUCCUCCUUUUCUUCCUCCUCAUCCUCUUCAUCUCCUUCUCCUCCUCCUCUCUCAGUAGUUUCUUCUGUUGUUUCCCCUGCUGAUAAUCUAGAAAACCCCCUGCCCAUUAUAGCUUUUAAGCAAGAAGAAAUGGAGAGUGAACAUGAGAAACCAAGAGAAGAUCCACAGACUUCAAGUGAAGCAGGUGUAGUUCAAGAAACAUUCAAUAAAAGCUUUGUGUGCAAUGUUUGUGAUUCACCCUUUCUUUCUAUUAAAGACCUAACUAAGCAUUUAUCUGUCCAUGCUGAAGAAUGGCCCUUCAAAUGUGAAUUCUGUGUACAGCUGUUUAGAGAUAAAAUGGACUUGUCAGAGCAUCGCUUUUUGCUUCAUGGGGUAGGAAAUAUCUUUGUUUGCUCAGUAUGUAAAAAGGAAUUUGCUUUUUUAUGCAAUUUGCAACAGCAUCAACGAGAUCUCCAUCCGGAUAAAGAAUGCACACAUCAUGAAUUUGAAAGUGGCACCCUUAGACCCCAGAAUUUUACAGAUCCUACUAAAGCGAAUAUCGAACAUAUGCAAAGUCUACCAGAAGAUUCCUUAGAACUCUCUAAAGAGGAGGAGGAUGAAGACCUAAAUGACUCCUCUGAAGAGCUUUAUACAACCAUAAAAAUAAUGGCUUCUGGAGUAAAGUCAAAAGACCCAGAUGUCCGUAUGGGCCUCAAUCAACACUAUCCAAGUUUUAAGCCACCUCCAUUUCAGUAUCACCACCGAAAUCCUAUGGGUAUUGGCACCACUGCUACAAAUUUCACAACCCACAAUAUCCCACAGACCUUCACUACUGCCAUUCGUUGUACAAAAUGUGGGAAAAGUGUUGAUAACAUGCCUGAAUUACACAAACACAUCUUGGCAUGUGCCUCUGCCAGUGAUAAAAAGAGAUAUACACCCAAAAAAAAUCCAGUACCACUGAAACAGACUGUUCAGCCUAAAAAUGGUGUGGUAGUUAUAGCUGGCACUGGAAAGAACGCUUUCAGGCGAAUGGGACAACCUAAGAGACUUAAUUUCAAUGUUGAGAUUAGCAAAAUGUCCUCUAGUAAACUAAAAUUAAGUGCAUUGAAGAAGAAAAAUCAGCUUGUCCAGAAAGCAAUCUUGCAAAAAAAGAAAUCUGCACAACAGAAGGCCGACUUGAAAAAUAGCGCCUCCGAAUCGGACUCUCACAUCUGCCCAUACUGUAAUAGAGAGUUCACUUACAUUGGAAGUUUGAACAAACACGCAUCGUAUAGUUGCCCCAAAAAACCUGUCUCCCCAUCCUCGAAAAAAAGCUCAUCAAAAAAAGCUGGAAGUUCCUCAUCACUUGCAAGCAGUGAUAAAGGCAACAACCAGCGUAGGCGAACAGCAGACGCCGAAAUCAAAAUGCAGAGUAUGCAGGCUCAUUUGGGAAAAACGAGAGCACGAACCUCGGGGCCCACGCAGAUUCAGUUGCCCUCUGCAUCUUUCAAAUCCAAGCAAAAUGUAAAAUUCAUAUCUCCACUUAGAUCGAAAAAGCCAAAUUCAUCAUCUUCAUUAAGGAACUCCAGCCCCAUGAGAGUGUCCAAAAUGACUCACGCUGAAGGGAAAAAAACUAAAGCGGUAGCUAAGAACAGUUCUGGAAUCUCGAGCAAAGCGUCUCGGAAGUUGCAUGUAAGACUACAGAGGAAUAAAGCCGUUUUGCCAAAUAAGUCUGCUGUGGCAAGCAAGAAGAAGGCAGACAGGUUCAGUGUAAAAUAUAGGGAGAGGAUUGGAGGACCUGUCACUCGGAGCUUACAGCAGGCAGCUAAUGCAGACACAAUAGAAAGCAAGAGAGAUGAAAGUGCAAAACAAGAACUAAAAGACUUCAGUUUUUGUUUCUUAUUUUCUAGGAACCUCCUGUAAAAACAAAACAAAAAUCCCUAAAUGACAAGGUAGAGCUGUUGCAUGCUCCACUUAAGAUAAGCACUACGACAAUGGAUGUGAAAUGCACCAAGCUUGCGAAACCAGCUGAAGCUGACUCACAAUCAUAAAAUGCAGCUGAUUGCCUGCAGGCUUCUUGCUAAUAACAUUUAGUGCCAGGCAUACGUUUUCUUCUUUGGUGCCUGACACAUGCUGGGCUACCGGAUGAUUCACAGGAAAGAAAAGGGUACUAAAAAAAAGAAACAAAAUGGGUUAGACGAAACAGAAUUGGCUGCCAUUGGCCUCCCUUGCUAGCUCAGAUUGCUCGUUUAGCCCAUACCUUCAUGAAAGGCACACACACACAAGUUCAAUUUCAACUUUGCGGAGCAGGUUCCCUGUUUUAUUAGUGAUUCAGCGUAGAUUCAGGGACAACUAAUAUUGCUGCACUCAAAGUAUUUUUGUCAUGUGUUGACUCUCUUGAAGCUUUUCUUUUAAAUGCUUCAAGUAGAGAAGGACCUAGGCUGACAGCAUUUACUUUUUCUUGCCACCCUCUCCCCAUUUUUAAUUGGCCAACAUAAACAUGGGGGAAAAAACAGAUUUGGACAUUUUAUGAAUUUCCCCAUCUCCUUUUAUACAUGCAAAUAACCUCCCAUGGCAACAAAAUACUGGCACCAAUUUGUGAAUAUUAUAGAAGUGGAUACCAUUUUAUUAAUAAAUAGGCCAGAAAUGGGGCUAUGUACAUGUACAGUUUGCAAGUUAAAUAUAUAAUUACUGUAAAAGAUCUUAUGCAUUAUUUUCUAGUAACUGAAAGCAACACAUUGACCUACAGAUCAUAAACAUUUUUUUUCAUGGAAAAACAAUUUGUCAUGCAUUUAUAUAGCCUUCAGGAUUAAUGACUGAGUUCAUGGAAAGUGGCUAGUAUCAUUAUGCACCCCCUUGCCCCUCUUUUUUUGUUUUGUUUUUCCUUGACUUAAAAAGUAAUCUACCUCUUAAAAUUUGUAGUUUAAUACUUGUUUGGUGAAUUUGUGCCACUUUAACUUUCACUUUCACUAUCAUUCCCAUUUUGUUACAUUUCUGUUUUGGGAUCUUUAUGUUGAAAUAUUGUAUAAAGCAUUUGUAGCAAGUUUAAAAAAUAAAAUAUUUAAAAUUAUUUAAAUUGUUUUGGACACUUCAAUUGUAUUAUAUAUGUGAUUUACAUUUUACAUUAAUUUCAUUUUUGUUUUUAUUUUGGGUUGUUAAUCUGGAGAGUGUUCUUGUAUUAAAGUUUGCUGUUAGUUAUAUUGUUCUUUUGUUGGAGAGUGAUAUAAAGACUAUUCUAAUUAAAACAUUAAAAAUUACAGUUUGACAUACAAAUGGGGUUGUCCUUGCUUUUGAACAUUGUAGACUUCUCGGAGAUGUUUUAAGUGCAGGUAAGCAAAUGAAGAGAGGUGUUCUCUUUUUCACUCUGGCAUGAAAUGAACAUUGAGAAUUCAUCCAAUGUAUUAAAAAAAACCCUAAGCUCUUGCAAGCACUUAAUGACCAGCUAGAUGGGACUACUGUGAUACAUUUUAUAUAACUGUAACCAAUAAAGUAAACUUUUUAAAAACUGGUGGAAAACUUGCCUUUUGUAUCUAAACGUGGACUAUGAGGAACAACAAUGUACAUCUAGAGGGAAUUAAGUGUGCUUGCAUCCUUUAGAUAAUUACAUGCAACUUACCAAAGCAAAUAUGAAUAAAUUCUGUCUUACUGUG